GAAGCUAGUCACACAAGGAAGUGGUUGUAGUCAGAGGUUGAAAACAUGAUCUCUUAAGCCCUUUUAGCUCAGCUUUAAACUCUAAGUAUCUGUGUAGUGUACUUAGUCUCACGAACUAUACUUUUCACACGCAACAAGAGACUUGAUGCUUUGCGAAGCAUUACAAAUGAAAUACAUUCUGUAUUUACAUUUCAGGUAGCUAUGCAGACAACAUAACAACAUGGAAUAAUGGCCUGACAAAUCUGGACACAAUGUGAGCUGCAAAGCUAGACGCCAAUUGUAUUGGACGACAAUGAUGUCAGUCAACAUGAAGCGCUGCAUUAGUGAAACCAAAAGUAAACAAAUCACAUAGUUCCGGCGCGGCUUGGCUUGACUUGACUUGUUUUUUAACCAACCAAUGGAUUAAAAUCUGCACUGUGGGAGAACACCAGAGUUAUGUAAAAGGUAAUAAUAAUUAGGAUAGACUCCAGAUCACCAGACCCUGAACUGGAUAAACAGUUACUGAUGAUGGAUGGAUGGAUGGAUUACUGCAGGUGUUUCCACCAAGCAAAAACAGCAUCACAUUCAUCAGACCAAGUGAGCAUCUACAACCACGACUGUUGUCUAGAGCUACAACAGAGAAAAGAAGAAGAAGAAGAAAGAAGCAAUAUAUUUUUGGGGGGAACGCGGGAAAGGCUGUCGCCGAAAGGAUCCGUAGAUUGAAAGGAGAAAAAACUCUUGCUGAGAGGCUACAGAGCGAGGAGGCGAGGGGAGAGUGGGAGACUCCGGGACUGAUUAGCAUUCACAGCAGGUUACAUCAGUUUCAAGGGGAUGACUGAGCACAUUCACAAUAUCAACGUCCACAAUUUCAGCAAUUCUAUUCUUAAGACACUCAAUGAGCAGCGCAACCGUGGCCAAUUCUGUGACGUAACCAUUCGGAUUCAUGGAAGCAUGCUGCGAGCCCACCGUUGUGUCCUGGCUGCUGGGAGCCCAUUCUUCCAGGACAAGUUACUCCUUGGCUACAGUGAUAUUGAGAUCCCCUCCGUGGUGUCAGUGCAGUCCAUACAAAAACUGAUCGAUUUCAUGUACAGUGGGUUUCUGCAUGUUUCCCAGUCAGAAGCUCUUCAGAUCCUUACUGCAGCAAGCAUCCUGCAGAUUAAGACUGCUAUUGAUGAGUGCACCCGCAUUGUUUCACAAAAUGUGAGUCCUGGAGAUAUCAAAGGCAUCCCUCUUAAUUCCAGGGACUCAGGACAAGAGAUCCACCACGGAACUCCAGAGUCUGAGACAAUGAGUCCUGUCAGCGACACAGAUUCCGUGUAUAUGCAGCUUCACUUGCAGCAGACUCUGGAACGUAACUUCUCUUGCUCCAAUCUCUCACUGCAGAACAGCCCUCGGGAAUGCUAUGGAGGAGGAGCAGUCCUAAGCAACAGUGGUUCUUCUGCGUCCAAGGAGAAGGAUAACAAGGACCGCAUUAAUGAGCGAAUGCAACAGUCAGAAAGGUGCCCCUCCACUCAGGAGACCACCCAUUGCCGCAAGCAGCCUCGACCAGUGCGCAUCCAGACAGAUAGUGUUCAGAGCAUGCAGGAGACAGAGGAUUAUGGCUGUCGUGGCUAUAACUGCAAAGAGGGUGAGGAGUGCACUGAUGACACAGAUCAAAUGGAGGAAGCUGAAAAUGAAUCCAAGAGUGAAAGCUUUGAUUCAGGUUUGAGCUCAUCGAUUUGCACUGAAAAUGUCCCUGCAGAGUAUCAGUCAAUGAAGGGCUUUAGUCAGGGAGGGAAUGAAGAUUGCCCACAAGGAACAGUAUCAGAAAUUCUCUGGGAGUAUCCAACACAACCUGAAGUUAGCAGCUGUUCCCCAAGGCAAACAAAUGAUGGGGAGGACAUGACUAGGUCCCAAGAUGAAAGUGACUUCAGUCUGGUGGAUGAGAAAAUAGUUUUGCAGUCUCCAAAUAACCGUACCAUAUCACAGUCAGUGCCUAGUGCCCAAAAUUAUUCACAUCAGUCUGUCCCAUUUGCAAGCAAGCUAAGAAUGCCACUAAAUCUGGCCAGCAAUGCCCAGGUCAUCGGCACCACUGGGAACACCUAUGUGCCCACCGUCUUUGCCUCAAAGUCAACCAGCAGCGACAAACCCUUCCUUUUCAGCCUGCCACAGUCCCUGGGGGGUCAGCAGCCCCAGUUCAUGGCUGUGCCACAUCCUAGCAUGCCUCCGUUUUCUACCCAGUUGCUAGCUCAGCAGUCCUCAACACAGCAGAAGAUGGGACAUUCUGGAGGAGGUACUGGACAAGGAGAAAAAAGACCUUAUGAGUGCCCUCUGUGCUGCAAAACUUUUACUGCCAAACAGAACUAUGUCAAGCACAUGUUUGUUCACACUGGUGAGAAGCCACACCAAUGCAACAUCUGCUGGCGCUCCUUUUCCCUGAAGGAUUACUUAAUAAAGCACAUGGUGACGCACACGGGUGUCCGGGCUUACCAAUGCAACAUCUGCAACAAGCGCUUCACCCAGAAGAGCUCCCUCAAUGUCCACAUGCGCCUGCACCACAAAGAGAAGUCUUAUGAAUGCUUUGUCUGCAAGAAGAAGUUCUCACAUGAGACUUUGUUGGGGAGGCACAUGGCUUUGCAUGGCCCAGAGGGCAGUGGAGUGACUGGAAUAGGCAAAGACAGGGACACAGUUUCUAUUCCAAUGCCUAUGUCUGUUCUUGAACCAGGAGCCGGUGUGGUGGCUCCUGCUAUGCCUUUAACUGGUGGAGCUGGAGCUGAAGAUGGUGGAGGAGCAUGCAUGGAGAUGGGAGAGGCUGCUGAGGGGGACUGCCAAGAGGGGACAGCUUUCACAUGCUCCAUCUGCCCAGCGAAAUUCACCCAAAUUAAUGAUUUUAAUGACCAUAUGCAAAUGCAUGUCUCUGAUGGAUAACUGCAAAACAAGUGAUAAACCCUUGACAAACAACAACAAAACAUUUCCCACAGGCUGGAGUUUUCUUUUUUCUUUUCUUUUUUUUUUUUCU